GUAGUUGACUUAGAAGCAUUUGUAGUUGUACCGUAGAAUCUUUAACUCACCGUUUGCCAUGAAGCUUUAGGCGACGAAAUUUGUCGCAGACCCCUCGACCUUCUUUCAAGCCAUCUCAAAAUGGGAACUGAUCAUGACAUUGGCAUUUAUUGUUGCUGAAUCCCGUACACGACCAGCGUGUCGGUCCACAACAUCCGUUGCUCAUACCCCCCUCCAAUUCAUUUAUCGUUCCGUCAUGCUCGUUGACUUAGAAAGACCAGUGCCAUCAAGAUGUAGAAGAACUGUCCAAGUCUCUCGUACCAUAGCAUGUUACAUAUUCCGGACUUCGUCACACAUCUGGCUUACAGAGAACCAUUCCUUUCAAUAGAAUGAGAACACACACAUUGUGACCCAAGAAAUA